CCAUGGCACAUGUGCGGGGCCGUGCCCAGCUCCCCAGCACCGCCGUGGUCUCUCUCCUGGCUCGGCUCGGCUCGGCUCGGCACAGACAUGGCUGCCCAGGGCACGCUGCUGGGCAUGGUGGGGCUGGUGCUGCUGGGGGCCCUGCACGCGCAGGACGGCAUUCCCGUGCAGAGAGACUUCCAGCAGGACAAGCUCGUGGGGAGAUGGUACAGCAUCGGCCUGGCCUCCAACUCCAACUGGUUCAAGGAGAAGAAGCACCUGAUGAAGAUGUGCACCACCGUCAUCUCCAGCAGCGCAGACGGCAACCUGGAAGUCACCUCCACCUACCCCAAGGGUGAUCAGUGUGAGAAGAGGAACAGCCUUUACACCAGGACGGAGCAGCCGGGGCGCUUCAGCUACAGCAACCCACGCUGGGGCAGCAAACACGACAUCCGCGUGGUAGAGACCAACUACGACGAGUACGCCUUGGUGGCCACCCAGAUCUCCAAGAGCAGCGGCUCCUCCACCAUGGUGCUGCUCUACAGUCGGACGAAGGAGCUGAGUCCUGAGCGCCUGGAGAGGUUCAGCCAGUUCUCCAAGGAGCAGGGGCUGAGGGAUGAUGAGAUCCUCAUCCUGCCCCAGACGGACAAAUGCAUGGCAGAGGCUGCUUAGGCAGAGCCACGGGCUGCCACAGCCAGAGCCCACGGGCUGCCCCGACCCACCCUGUCCCUGGCACAGCCCCUCCCUGCAGCAGCCUCCACUCCCUGCCUUCGCCCCCACGCCUCACCCCCGUCCCCAUUAAAGCCCCUGUAAACACA